AAUCGCAGCAACUUCACGUUUAUUGUUAUUUUGUCCCACAAGAAAUUACGCGAAAAUGGAAAAUUCUGAGAAAAUGAAUGAAUUAGCGGCAAAGCUCACGCGUCCUGCGAAUAAAUCUGAAGGAAAUGUUGUGCCAAACUUGGAGAAGCUCACAAAACCCCAGCUGAUGGAGCUCCGAGAUCGCCAGGGGCUUCUGCUAAAAAACAAAAAUCGCCUCCAGAAACUUCCGGACAGAGGUAGAAAGAUCCAGGAGAUGUAUGAUCGCAUUGAAGAGCGCCUCCGGGAGGUGAAUCAAGUCGAUGAAGCCGCGAAAAUGUUCUCAGAGCUCAAUAUUGCUUCCCGUGGCCAGAGUGCCCUCACGAAUCUCGAAUGGACGGGUAAAUGUCACCCUCAGAGUGACUUUGUAGUGGAUAGUGAUGAUGAGGAAGCUCCAAACCCGCUAAAAGUCCUCGCACAGAGUAGAAAUACGGAGAAGAAGGUGAAAGUCGUGAAGGAAGUGCCUCUAAUCACUGAAGAAGACUUCCGGGAGAUUCAAUCAUUCUCCGGGGAAGCCCAGCAAGCUCAUCUUGUGGAAACGGAGCUCAAGAGCGAGGAGAAGUUGCGAAAAUUGCGCGAGAAAUACACAAAACCUCCACAAUCGGAUGAAUCUCGCAGCACAUCAUCCCUUUCCGGGAAUUCUGCUGCAGAUCUGGAGCCCCAUGCUCUGCUUCUGUGCGCCAAAGAGACCAUAACGCAGGUUAAGGAGAAAUUCAGACCCUAUCAGACUACAAAAAGCCACGUCCACAGCCCACAGAAGGAGAUAGAACGUGGUGGCAGGAAGAAAUGGGAUGUAACGGCAGCGACUCCGCCCCAGCUCACACAUCCGGGUGUUAAGAUGCUCUCCCUGCAGGAAUCCAUUGAGCUACAGAUGCGCAAGGAGGAGGAAGUUAAAGCUCUGGAGAAGAAGUAUGCUGAGCAGAAACUCCUGGAAAAGUCCCUGAAGAUGGUUUCCAGUAAUGUCCACGCCAAGGAUCUCAGUCAAUUCUUCAAGACCUACCGUGAAGUGCCUGAAUCCGAUUUAUCUGAUCUCUCCGAAUCCAGUGAAUCCCUGGAGCUGGAUAGCGAAGAUGAAGUGAAGGAUUUGGAUGCAGAGGAGCCCCGAGGAGGGGUUGUGGUGGUCAAUUUUUCCCACUAAAUUCCAUUUAUUUAUUUAGACAACAAAUUCUCUUUUUCUUUUCUCAAUAAACUCUCAAUUGAACAAAUUA